AUGCGUAUCUCUGUGCAGCGUUUGAUAUGUCACUUGCGAUCCCGGACUUCGGAACGGGGCCCUCCAGCGGUUCUACCCGAUCUAGAACAGGCCCAACGGGCAGUGUUUGAAAGACAGGAGGCCGACGAUCUGCUAUUUGAUACUCUGCUGUUUGACACUCCAUAUACGUUGGAAGAUCCAGAAGACCAGGAGAUUGGAGAAGUUCAGGAGAAACCCACCAGUGAAUGUCCGGCAGUGACCUACUGCCAGGACGGAGAGUUAUCAUUCCAUGCUUACGACCGAGGAAAUUGGAGCAGGACAGACACCGUGCGCAAGAAUGCGCGCUUCUGUGAUAGUGCGCUACGGAAGGUAGCCGUCGCCGAGUGCGUUCGCAAGGCGAUCAACUUUAUGCGUUUCGGGAGGGACCUAAGCGUGGCGCGGCAUCUUUCCGGCGUCCACAAUGGUCUUGCAUCUCAUACAGACGCCAGUUGGCGAUCCUCCGACUGUGCUGGUCGUACGACCGCGGUCUUUCGACCAUAUAGGUUGGGAGCGCUAGGCCGCGUGUUCCUGGUCCUCCAUCACCAUGCGUACGCACCCAGUCUUACUGCCUGGGUCAUCAGCAUCUGA